AUGCAUCAACGACGCAGCUCGGCGAUGUCCACGUAUCCAUCGCUGCUGGAGCCUGUAUGUCGGCGACGUCAGCUUCCACCUACCCCCGUCUCACCCAUAAGGCGAUCCAGCAGUCCACGCAUUCUCCCUACGCCACCACCGGUUUCACCUAUAUCUGCUGACUACAGAUGUCCAUCGGCUUUGUUGGAGAGGAGGGCAUCAGGCCGAAUGUUGCCUCGACCACCAACAGCCGAACCUCAAACUCCUGCCUCUACCCAUAAUUCUCCAUCCCCGAUUCUCACUCCGGACCCAAUCCCUGAACUGCCUGUGGAAGUCGACGCGCCUGAAUCACCAGUAAUUCAGCGAUUUGGCGACUUCACGUCGCUUGACCAUGACACCCCUGACGGCACUCGAUCGCAGUCCUCGUCACUUUCACCGUCCAUAGAACAGGUAGGCGCCAUCGGCUUCGCUCGUCAUGACAAAAUGUGCGGUAAUUCGAGAGAAAGCGAGAGCGACAGACAGAGAAAAAGCGAUAGCUCACGGACAACUGUUACACUUUUCGCGUAG